CGUACGUGGUAGAUUAGAUCGGCUUAGAUCGCUUAGAUAGCUUGUGUAUGUUGGUUGCGUUAAUUUGUAAUUGUUAAGCUGGUCCGUGGUGGAGUUAUUACACAUUUUAGAACACGAUGGUCGUAAUAACGAAUAUCGCCUUGACUCUCAGAAACUGAAAGAUAUUUACAAAUUUUUGAUCACAGUAAGAAGUGUUUAACAACGUCUGAAUUUGGUAAGUCGAAGUGACAUGGCAUCGUCAAUACUGGAUGUGGAGAUAAACACGACACAGAGGACAGCAGAAUCGGAACUUCAGUUUCAAGAAUUUUCAGUCUCUAAUAUUGGAGGAGCUGCUGAAUUAGAUGUGAAAUCAUCACACACGCUGACGUUUAAUAAUUCUCCAGAUACUCCAGGCUCAGAUACAGAAGGACCAGAAUCAGAAUUGCUGGGAGGUGGAAAAGAUCAUUCAACUUCAUUUUGGACAUUUGAAUACUAUCAGCAGUUUUUUGAUGUGGAUACAAAUCGAGUGAUGGAAAGAAUUGUAUGGUCCAUGAUUCCUCGUCCUGGUGUUAGCUAUUUACAGCAUCAUAUUAAACCCAAACCCGAUCUAUAUGGUCCUUUCUGGAUCUGUGUUACACUAGUCUUUACAAUAGCCAUUAGUGGAAACCUGGCAAACUAUCUUCAGGCUGCAGCCACAAGGAGCUACCAUUGGAGAUAUGAUUUCCAUGCAGUUACAUAUGCAGCCACUGCUAUUUUCAGUUAUGCCUGGCUGGUACCAGCAGCACUUUGGGGUAUCUUGAAGUGGUAUGGUAGGGAAGAAGCCAAACUGUCUUUUCUGGAGAUACUGUGUGUGUAUGGCUACUCGCUUUCUAUAUAUGUACCAGUUUCCAUAUUUUGGGUUAUUCAGAUAGCGUGGUUACAAUGGCUGUUAGUAGCAGUGGGAGCUGCCCUCUCAGGAUCUGUACUGUUGAUGACGGCUUGGCCUGCUGUGGCAGUUGAUAAACGAUAUAUUAUCCUUGCAGCAAUACUGGGUCUACAUCUGCUGCUUGCAGCUGGUUUCAUGCUGUAUUUCUUUCAUGUUCCACCAGUGACAGACAUUCAUGCUCCUGCUUUAGUAAACAAAAACUUGACAUCUGGUACACAGUGAAUGCAGUUUAUUUUAAAAAUGCUUAACUGAAAUGUUAACUAGGUGUGCUGCUCAUUUCAAAGCAUUGCCAAAUAAGGGGUACAGUGUAUUUGAAAACUACGGUGGACUGUUAUCUCCCCCCCCCCAUAAACUGAAUGAACACAGAAUUGCAGUUGAUUGUCUCAUAUACUAAAUAUAAACUUACUGGAAACUCUCACAGUUGUCUUAAUCUAUUUUUAUUAUGGAUGCAAGAUAAUUCAUGUUUUAUGUACAAGUGUAUUAAAAGAAAUGUGUGAGAUAUGUAAAGUACAUAGUUUAAAUAAAUUGAGAAUUAUAUAUUUA